AUGUCGAUCAAAUUCGAGGAUUAUGAUGACUACGGGCUCGUUCAUAGCGAGGAUAGUUUGUCUGCCGUUAAUCAUAGCGAGGCAACGGUGUUUCUGCCGAAUGAGGCCAAUGGCGCGUCGUCAUCCCCCGUUUUUCGGAUUCGAGAGGAACCAGACGUGAAGUUUCGCGGGAAUGAUUGCAGUUUUCCGCUUCAAGGAUGUGAUUAUGACGUUAAUCAACUACUUGAUGUACACUCGGCCUCCAUGAAAGAACAAGCUUACGCAUUGCUGCAAAAUGAGGACCUUUCUCUCAUCACACUAGGCGAAGUUGUUGCAAACCACGACUGUAGUUCUGAAUACCAGGAGUUGUUCUCGAACAAGUUGAAAGAGGUCCGCUUGGAUCUGAUAGAGGCAAGAGCGCUUCAGUUAGCCUCUUCACAACUACCAUCUUCCUCCGAUCCGCUCGUCUCUCAAUUGUCUGCUAUCGUACAGAACCAGUCGAAUCUCAUCACCGGUUUGAGUUUUGUGAUAAAUGCGCUGCUUAUCAACCAACAAGAGCUGCGACAAGAAUUACAUCGUGCUAAUAAUCGCAUAAUAAAGCCAGCGGAGAGACUUCCGGAAAAUGCUCGCCUUCACGGGAGUAAUCUUACGAGACAGUGGAUCGUCCCUGCUUUACCACCUUUCAAGCGCGUCAAUUUGAACGAUCUUCUGGAUAAAUGGAAGCGGUCGCCACGCUCACGCGAAGAUGACCAUUUAGUGCACUGUAUUGACUUCCUGCGUAAUUACCUCAUACGUGCGUGCGAGCCCGUUGAGCGAAUCCAAACCUAUGCGUGCAGACAAACAGGGAAAUGCGGGAAGCACGAAAGGCUCUUGGAUGUUCCUGAAGAAAUAGUCGAUAUUCUCAUAAACUGUUUGCUGGACGGUUUCGGUUUGGGACAUCCAGAGCUAUCCAUGACAGCUGAUCAGCUUAUCGCUCGACCCACUCGCUAUUGGAAAGAGCUAGGACCAAUAGAUGCGAUUCGCACAGUUGCCCUUGAAGAACGAAGGAAGGCUCGAGUAGAGUGGGGACCUCAAAUUCGUGCCUCUCUUGGGAAAGCUUUAGCGGACGUACGUGCUUACGUCAUGAAGCAAGAUCGUCUCGUACCGCCUCAGAAACGGAAGGCAUUGGAACCAUUGGGUGAAGCAAAAUCCCAAGCACCGGUUCGGCAGCCAGAGCAACCGCAGGCCUCGCCUCCAGUUCGUGAGAACAAUGCCUGA